AUGAACAUUGAAGGUCAUGUCAGAAACUUUGAAACACAUGAACUACCAGCAAUGUUAGAUAAGAAAGCAGAUAAGAACCAUACACAUGAUUUCUUCACAACUGUUGGUAUAGAAAGUAUUGAAGGAACGGUUGAAGGAACUGGUGGGGAGGGCGGAGCCCCGCCGCACGCGGCUGCAUUAUAUUGGAAACCUCCUAACUUUCCACAAGGUUUAACAUCGGAGGAAAACAUAACGACGAUGAAAUACAUUAGAUGUAGAAAUGUUUAUGUCAUGGAGGAUGAAAAUAAUGUUAAAUUCACUGCUCAAGAUUUAUAUGAUAAGAAAGCUGACAAGAACCAUACACAUAAAUCCUUCACUACUGUUAGAGCAGACGACAUAAUAUUGAACUAUGAUUUGGGUUCAAGUGCACCAUUAGAAAAUCCAAGUACAAGCGUAAAAGAUACUCUUAACAAUUUAGAUAAGAGUUGCAGGAAUACCGAAGAUCAUGCCAGAAACUUUGAAGCAUAUGAACUACCAGCAAUGUUAGAUAAGAAAGCUGACAAAACAGAGCUUCAAACAUUAAAGACAGAAAUACUUCAAACAUUAUAUCCUAUAGGUUCUAUUUAUACGUCAAUGAACUCAACAAAUCCAGCAACAGUUCUGGGUUUCGGUACGUGGGAACAGAUUGUAGAUAAAUUCUUAUACUGUGCUAGAUAUUCAAAGCAAACAGGAGGUUCGAAGAAAAUUACUGAAGCAAACCUUCCACCGCACACUCAUACAGGAACGACAAACUUUUCUGGCGACCAUAGCCACUCAUUAAGAGACCACCCAUUAUACAACUCAGAGUAUGAAGCUGGCAAUGACGUUUUAUCUCCAUCUUAUAACAAUGCAGCAAAAAAGACUUUUCGACCAACUGAACCAGGAGGAAAUCAUUCACAUACUUUCACAACAAAUCCAACAGGCUCGGGUGCAGAUUAUAUGCCACCAUUUGUGACUGUAUUCGCAUGGUAUAGAGUUCAAUGA